AUGUCGACGCCAUACUGGGGCCAACUGCCCGGCCCAAAGGUCGCCCAGGCCGGCCACGCACGCCGCAGGUCUGAGUCGGACGACUAUACCUAUAAUGCUGACCGCAGAUCUUCUUUCGACGUUCCCCCAGUUCGCAGAUCAAAUCGUGCUUCUAUACAGACCCAGAACACCGAGGCUCCCUCCGAAUCUACCUUUAGUCCACACGACUCGCCCUCUGCAAGCUUUGCGCCUCAAGGACUAGCACCCAGACCGCCUUCCUACCGACAAGGACCUGGAGAGCCUUCCGACAGCAGAAGACCUCGCCGCCCAAGUCGUCAACAAGACGAAGAAGACGAAGACGGUGACUUGUCACCCAUUCUCCCAGCUGCCCCAGAGGUUCCUCGCGGUCCUCCUGUGAGCUAUCGGCACCCCUACGGCAACGGAGGUCUUCCUUAUACCUACACCGUAGCAGGCGCACCGGCACCGCCACAACCGUACGGCGGCGCGUCCCUGCAGCCUGACGACAUGGACAACGACGAUUACCAAAAGUCCUCUCAGAGGGCCCGAGAAUAUCAGCAAUCUGACCGAGCGCAAGCAGACCUCGCAAGGCGGGACUCAAGCGCCAGCGCAUACGACCAGAUAUCCAGGAGGGCAACCACUGGCGGUAGCUCAGGACGCUCCAAAAAGUACCUCGCAGACGACCGAUCGCCCCUCCAAAGGCUUGAGCUGACGCUCGACAGCAUCACCAAGGAGGAAAAACGCGCCCGAGUCGAAGCCGCCGAACGACGAGCUAGAGAAAGACAGGCAUUGAGGGCCGGAAAGCAGCCCGCCGUCCAGCAACCACGGACCCAUGAACGAAAACCGUCUGUAGCCUACGGUGAGAGGCGUCCCUCAGUGGCUGCGGCUCCAAUUGCUGUGGCGCAACGCCCGGCGCAUAGAGAGGUAUCCAGAGAAGUGCCAAGAGAGAUUCACAGAGAGGCACCUAGAGAAGCACCUAGAGACAUUCCCCGCGACGCCCCGAGAGACUAUUCUAGGGAAAUCCCACAAGAAGCCCCGAGGGAAGCACCCAGAGAGACGUACCGCGAGCCGCCUCCCGAAGUUCCCGUUCAGAAGGAGAGCUCGAGUCGUCAUCGAGGUCCUCUUACACAACACCCACCAGAGGAGGCGCAACAUUAUAGUUCCGGCGCACUACUGGAACCCGAGGAAGUUCACCCAGCACCUAGGCACACGAAAUUGGAUUCCGGUAUUCCUAAGCGCAACCUUAGCUUCCGAGAACGAGCUGCACGAGACCAUGUUCCUCUCCCAGAACCGGCGCAACCCUCCUCAAGUGGGGGAUUCUCUUUGACACGAAGCGGCAGCAACAAACUAAAGAAGCAGCCUCCAGCAGAUCACAGCUACCAUCGCAGGGUGGCAUCCGAAGCGCAUGCUGCUCCUGUAGUAGCCCCCGUCUCGAAACACCAACCCCCAACCCAUGAUGACGAAGAUGACUACUAUGAACCAGAAGACAUUGUCCCAGUGACCCGACAGCCCACUGGCCGGUAUAGGCGGGAUAAGGACCUCCCUCCUAACCCACCCGGGGCACGGAGGCCCUCUAUGGACGUCAGACCAGACCUUCAUCAUAUUCCCAUGCCUGGCGACGACCAGCGCAUCAGGAGACGUGUUACUGAACCCAUCUCAAGACCUGAGUAUGCGUCUGACGAGGAGUACGCUCCGCCGCCUACUCGUAGCAAGACUGUUAGCAAGAAGGAGGUGGAUGAUGUUGCUCACGCCGAGAACCAGGCGGCUGCCCGCAGAAAACAUGAGAGGGCCGAUAGCGACUACUCAGACGACGAUUCGCAUUCUCACAAGAUCUCAAACAUGAUCUUCAAACCUCGUGAGGAGAUGGCCCCUGGUGAUGGUCUGUAUCUGCCACCUCAAUGGCUCGAUGAGUGGAAGAAGGGCACCGUCGGCAGUCUUGCUGGGCCGCUCCUGGAAAUCAAGGAUGUCGCCCAUGUUUCUGAGCCAGAUGUGAACAAGGCCUGGUGGGAGCAGGAUAACCGGACUAAGGGUCACGGUUACGCUGCUCGACCACGAAAGGCCGAGGCCUUUGACGGUGAAUAUGACGAGAAUGCUCCUACUCGAUUCAAGCCCCCGUUGUUCCUCAAGUGUGGACCGCUGUUGAGAUACUGCGGCAUUCGACGGGAAAAGACCCCCAACAGGUCCCAGAGGGGCGGCCCCCUCUCAGAACGAGAGAUGUGGCGAGGCAGUGUCAUGAUUGUCACAGAAGAUGCCGAUUCUUCUUACGAGAUUGCGCCUACGCUUCGACUCUUUGUCCAGGACAUUGAGCUGCUGCCCCCUCCGCCUCAUCGUGUCAAGGGUGAUCUGUCCCCUGAAUACGUCGAUCCCAUUGCUGGCCACCCCAAGGUGGGUCGUAGAGGAGAAACCCUCUACGUGCGCCCCGUGGAGCAUCUCGAGGAAGCAAAGGAUCUGUCUCGUGACGAGACUGAUGAGGGUCUCUUCGAGCAGAGCCGUAGCCCCCCUGACGUGCUUCCUCCUGAUGGCGCCAAGGAUCUUCCUGGAUCUUUUGCUAGCCGGAGAAAGCGCGUGGGUGUCGACGGCGAGAAGGUUCAAAAGUACAAGGACGUCAGAGGAUUCCGACUUCAUGCUGAACGGGGAUACACCUUUUGGCGGUUCAAUAUUGAGGUUGAGCUGCGCGAGAAGCAGCAGCGAAUCGCUUACCGCAUCAACCGUGGACCUGCCACUGGCUUCUGGGUCCCUGCAGCGGGAGAGACCAUGAACAUGAUGUUCUACAGCUGCAACGGCUUUAGUCUCAGUGUGAAGCCUGAUGAGCUGAGCGGUCCUGACCCUAUGUGGCGCGACGUGCUGAACAACCACCAGACGCGGCCCUUCCAUCUCAUGAUUGGCGGUGGUGACCAGAUCUACAACGAUUGCGUCGCCGACGAAUGUGAACUUUUCAAGGAGUGGCUCAGCGUCAAGAACCCAGUUCACAAGCACACCACUGCCUUCACGCCCGAGAUGCAAGAUGAGAUGGAGAAGUUCUACCUGGAGCGUUACUCCAUGUGGUUCUCCCAGGGACUGUUUGGCCUGGCCAACUCGCAGAUCCCAAUGGUCAACAUGUACGACGAUCACGACAUCUUUGAUGGAUAUGGCUCCUACCCUCAUCAUGACAUGAAGUCACCCGUCUUCAGUGGUCUGGGAGCUGUUGCUUUCAAGUACUACAUGCUGUUCCAGCACCAGUCCAUCAUGGAUGAGACAGAGAGCUCUGAGCCGAGCUGGAUCGUUGGUUCUGAGCCUGGUCCGUUUAUUGGCGAGCUCGGCCGCAGUCUGUUCAUGUCUGUGGGCUCGAGAGUGGCUCUGCUGGCUGUGGACUGCCGCAUGGAAAGGACAGAACACGACGUUAUCUCAGAUCAGACAUGGGAGAAGAUCAUGAAUCGCCUCUAUGCCGAAGUGCGACGUGGACAGGUUGAGCAUUUGCUGGUACUCCUGGGCAUUCCCAUUGCGUACCCCAGAUUGGUCUGGCUCGAGAACAUUUUGACCUCGAGGCUUAUGGACCCUGUCAAGGCCCUUGGACGGACUGGCAUGUUUGGAAAGGCUCUGAACAACAUUGACGGAGGAGUCGAGGUUUUGGAUGACCUGAACGACCACUGGACCGCCAAGAACCACAAGCAGGAGCGAAGCGUUGUUAUCGAAGACUUGCAAGAUCUCGCCAUCGACAAGUCGCUCCGAGUCACCAUUCUGAGCGGCGACGUCCAUCUUGCAGCUGUCGGACAGUUCUACUCCAACCCCAAGCUGGGGCUUGCCAAGCACAAGGACCCUCGAUACAUGCCCAACAUCAUCUCCUCGGCUAUUGCCAACACACCGCCGCCUGACAUGCUGGCCGAUGUGCUGAACAAGAGGAACAAGGUGCACCAUUUCGACAAGCAGACCGAUGAGGAUAUGAUUCCCAUCUUCCAGCAAGGAGUGGACGGAAAGCCAAGGAACAACAAGCACCUCCUCCCCCACCGAAACUGGUGUUCGAUUCGCGAAUGGGCGCCAGGAAGCACACCACCUCCGACACCGCCUCUAUCGCCUGAGAGAACCCCGAGCCCCCCACCAGCCAAGCCCCAGGGAGGCGGUCUGUUCCGGAGACUGUCCUUGUCCAGGAGCAAGUCCACGGAUACACCACCGGAGGUAUCAAGAGAUUCGGUCCGCGGAUCCCGGCCUCCCGUUACGCGAGGAGGUGGUGGAGGCCUGUUCCGUAGUCUAUCACGCCGCAACUCAACCAACUCAGAGCGACCUCCCAAGGCCAAGCUCACAAGGUCUAUGUCAGUUGGCGGUGCUCCAGCCGAACCCAAGAAGGCAGGCUUCUUUAGCUUUGGUCGACGGCCUAGUCAGCGUCGCGCUGCUGAUGAUGGCGGUAUUAAUGGCACUUGGGGAGACGAUGAUAGAUACGACGACGACGAGCAGUAUUGGGAUGAGCCCCAAUCGCCUCAACGACAGCGUCCUUCGGGUAUCCGAGGUGGAGCGGCCUAUGACGAGUAUUCGGACGGAGACGACUCUUACUUCAUGGCUCAGCCUCGCCGCACGCAAACCAUUGGAUCGAGGGCCAUGUCACACUCCCGCAACGAUGUGAGCGCCUUGCCUCCAACCCGUCCUUUCUACAGGACGCCAACAGGCCUCUCUACAAAGCAGAUGAAGGAGGCAGAUAAGUAUGCCGUUGACCUUGAGGGUGGCUUGGAUAUUUGCCUGAAUGUCGAGAUCAACCCCAAGGACCCGGCGGGCAUCACCAAGACAUACCGACUGCUGGUGCCGAAGCUAUUUUACGACUAUAACGCCGAUGAUGAUGAUGAAGGAGGACAAGCCGCAGAGCCAGAGCCGGAGCCAGAAGCGGAGCCGGCGCCGGCGCCAGCACAGCCAAGCGGUUUCAAGAGGCUGUUGAGUUUCCGGAAGAAGGAGAAGAAGGAGCCUCCUCCUCCACCGGAAGAAGAUGACUAUAGUGAUGAGGGUGAUGACUAUGACGACGACUAUCGCCGAAGGUAG